AGAAUCGCUGAAUGCCGAACGUGACGCAGCUCGUGACCCAGAGCACAAACAGCGCGCAGAACAGCGAAGAGAGCAAAAGGCUGACGCACCCAAGCCCGGUUCCAACCGGCCGCCUCAGCAGUAUGGCAGGCCGACUUCCCCUCAAGGCCAUUCUCAGGCUCCCCAGAUUGACCAUCUUCAAGGCUAUGGGCAAGCUUCUACGCUGCCUUCGCGAUACCCCGACAACCAGAGGCCGACUCAAGGUAGGCUCUUUGGUGACUACCAAAACCCCGAUCAUGAUGCCGGCCAUUCAAACAGCAGCUACGGCGCUGGAUAUGAGGUAUACAGUUCUCGAGAUGUUUCUGCUGACCCUAGGCAUGUGUACGACGGUGAGUACUCAGCCCAAGAUGGUCCAAUCCGCAAGCCCGACUUCCGUGAGCGGAGUCCGCCAAGGGAAUCACUCCCAAUCCACGGCAGCUAUCGUGAUCGAGCGCCUUCGACCGUCCGUGCUACUCGUGAGCCACCGAGCUCAGAAUCGGCCACCGAGCGCAUGGCCAAGAUGCUCGCACAGCGCAAGGCAGAGUCGGGUUUCCCAUCUGCUCGACUGGCUCGAUCGCCCACACAAGCACAAGGUGCUCAGAGCCAGGUACAGCCGGAUCUGGAACGCAGGUUCCAAGAACAGCGUCUUCAAGCUGCUACCACCGCUAUUGCAACACUGCAGCAAGAGGCGACUGCUGCAAACACGAGGUAUGAACAGCUGAAGACAGCACAUCUCGCCCUGAUACAGCAGGUGUAUGAGGUGACGCACAACGCAGCCGUUGCAUUAUCCGCCCUAGCACCACGUGCUCACAUCGCGACGCCGGCUGAGCCGCUUAGAUCUAACGUCCAGCAGCCCUUACCUGAUCAGAGCGCUAGUUAUCAGAGCAAUGACUUGCUAUCCAGCCAAGAGGCCGAGUCGCUGCAAUCAGCACCUGGUAUUGGACAACAGAUGGCCUCCUCGGGCUUUGGUAACGGUGCUACUCCGACAGGAGAGAGAUUUUCCCCAUUCCAGCCGUCUUUUAACGGCACGCUUCCCAAAGGCGGCUUUGGUCAAGCGCCAGGACGAAGGAACUGA